AUGGCCGCGCCCUCCGGUAUCACCUACAAAGCAAAGCGUUCCAACCGAGAGGUCCUACGGGAGCGCCUCGAAAACAAUUCAGCUCUCAGAGAGCAUUUCGAGUCUAGUCGCGAUGUUCACCACUACAAGAAGUUGACACGUCCAACUAUCCAUAAUCACGAAAACAUCAAAGGUCAUUACAGAGACUUUGCGGCGUACACUCAAGAAUGUUUCGAAGAAGGCAGGUCCAAAAAACUUCCCCAGCCUUCAGAAAUUGUUAUAGGAACACCCUUACCUCCGUUAGAAUAUGUGAAGGACUUUGUCUGCUAUUUAGCAUCUGCCCUCCUCGGUAGAGAUGCCUCCACGUUCAUCCGUUUGGAAACCCUGAGGGGCUAUAUGUACACCUUCCUUGCACUGUGGCCUCGCUACGCAAAUGUUCAUCCAACUUCGGAAAUGCGCUACCAAAUGCGCUCCUAUCUGUUAUCCGAGGAACUGCAGGCUUCUGUGAAACUGUCCACCAAGAUCAGGACAUUGAAGCACAUCGAACCUCAAUGUCUUCAAAUCAUCAUGGAGACUCUUCAUUCGGCCACAAAUAUCUUUCGCUCUAACCGAACUCGCCUGCAAAUGGCAUUCCUCAUUCUCUUCUCUGCUGCUUCUGCUGCUCGUCCUGGUUCUGUCAUUGAAUCGGCUUGUUAUCGCGGUUCCAACGAGGCUCUCACCUGGGGUGACAUUGACUUUUAUCUUAUUCCUGAUGAUGAGGAUAUGAAUGGAUAA